AAUUAUUAGAGCCAAUUUUGUACGAUAUCAAUUUUGGACCACACAAAUGUUUAGCGGUUCUGUGCUAACGCUUUAGUAGGAGGAUAGGAAAAUAUGGGAGCAGGAGUAACUUAUGUUUUAAUGCCUUUAUUAUUUAAUGCAAUUCGAAGUUUUGGACUAACAGCAGGAAUUUGUUUCGUUAUGGAAUUGACAUGUUUAUUAUUUUCCGAUGAUUGUCCUCAAGGAGAUUGGUCUAAACGUAAUCAACAAAUUGAAGAAAUACAUGGUACAGAUAAUGAAAGUCCAAAGGUUCAUAGUAAUCCAUCAAGACCAACCAUUGGAAUGUUUUUCAAAGCACUUAAAAAUCCGAAUGUCGGUUAUAAUUUUAAUGUUUAUGUACGCUUCAAUUGUUCUUUUGGAAUUGAACUUGCUGUAGAUAAUGUUAUUGGAUAUUUCUUUCAUGACUUUUCACUUUCGCAAACGAAAGCUGGUAUGAUAGGAGCUUUAUUUGGUUUAAUGAAUAUCUUCUCGCGGUUUCUUGCCGUUCAUUUUAUAUUAAUCUUCUUAAAUGGAGUAUUUUUGGUUGCUUUCCGAUUUUCCUUAACUAAUUUAAAAGAUGGCAUUAUUAUUUUAACAAUCUUCAUUUAUUUCACUCAGCUUGCUGCGGUUCAGUUUUUAGUAUUGUUUCCGGAAAUUGUUGGUGCAAUAUCAGGAUUAGUCGGCGCCGGUGGAAAUAUCGGUGGAUUAAUAUUUAUUGGUGUAUUUAAAAUUUAUGCCAAUAAUACUCCAAUCGCAUUCAUGGUUUGUGGAUUUGUAGUCAUGACAGUUGCAUUUACUGUAUGA